AUGCACCACGAAUACAACCACAAGCCACUCCAUCGAAUGCUCAAGAAUAGUUCUACAAGGCUUGAUAAAGCUGCUGAUGAGACUGUUGGUAAAUUCCUCAGAAGCAUCAGCCUGCCUGUUGAAUAUACUGAACAAGUUGCAAUGAAAAUUGCCUAUGGCUGGUUUCUCCCCGUGGAGAACUCUUCUGUGAUCGAUAUCAUCUCUGCCGCCAUCGCCAUCGCCAUCGCCAUCGCCAUCGCCAUCUCCAUCACCAUCUCCGCCGCCAUUGCCAUCUGCCACCACCUAUUGUUUUUCAAAUCAGCUUGGAUCAAUGGCCCCGCCAAGGGAACAUGGAUACUGCGCUCCAUAAGGUUGGGAGUUAGUCCAUGUGGAGUGAGUCAAAGUUCAACACGUCCAAUUUCCUAUGAUGGUGUCGUCGACAAUCUUGGCCAACUUCAAGAAGCAACUUCAAAGUUUCUUUCUGUCUUACUGGGAAAGAUACAAUUGCGGCCUCCGACCUUGUUAAUAUGUGUACGCGCUUUCAACUUCAAUUACGACUACGUGCGUCUUGCUCCUGUCGUCGGUGUCGCCAAGUGCUUGCGUGGGUGGGAGCGGGCCUUUGGUCUCCUUCCCCAGCUCGGCCCGCCCUCGAGGACACCACAGUACAUCCAGACGGCUUCGACCCCAGUGUCCCAACGCCGCAGCUCCUCUUUGAUGAACGGGUGUAAUGGGGCGACAGGAUGA